AUGAGCGACCUGGGGGAACGGCUGGAGCGAUUGGGACUGUCCCAAUACCUUGAAGUUUUCGUUGCGGAAGGCUUUGAUACCUGGGAAACAGUACUAGACAUUACGGAAUCAGACUUAAACGCUCUCAACGUCAAACUAGGCCAUCGAAGGAAGCUUCAAAGGGCAAUUGCCGAAACGCGGGGCCAGGCUCAUGACCGCCCGCUUCCCAUUGCACUUGGAAAAUCCACGAGUGUUGACGGAUCGUAUCGAAGCGAUGAUUCUGCCCCAGAGAGCAAAAGUAGGCAACAAGACGUUCUCGCACCUGGGAAUACCGGCACAAGUACGAAGCGAAAAUACAGGCGACACCCCAAACCGGACGAGCAUGCACCAGAGCGCCCUCCGUCGGCUUAUGUAAUCUUCUCUAACCAGGUGAGGGAAACACUUAAAGGCCAAGAGUAUUCCUUUACCGAGAUUGCAAAAGUCGUCGGUGAGCGGUGGCAGAUCUUACCGGUCGUUGCUCGAGAAGCCUGUGAGCGCCAAGCCAACGCAGCCAAAGAGAAGUAUUACGCAGAGCUGGCCGAGUACAAGAAAACCCCCCAGUACGAUGCCUACCAGAAGUAUCUCGAAGAUUUUAAGGCGAAGCACGCUGCCCCGCAGAAAGGUAUGUUAUCCAAUACCCAUCUAUCAAUUUUAAUAGGCGCGGAAGGGAAGCGCUCCAAGAUAGAGACCGGAACUAGCUCCUCAACCCUGAGCAGUGGCCUCGAUCAGGCAGAACGCAGCAGAAGGGUUGGUUCCGCUCAGCCAGAUCACUUCUCAAUGGGCCACCAUAGGUCGGAGUCCUCGCCCCCUAUACGGCUAGCCAGGCUUCCCGAUGGCCACUCCUAUGGGUCAAAAUCAACAUCUCCAGCGACACACUCCCUGUCAGGUAUGAACUCCCCUCGGGUGGGUGACCUUUACUCUCCUCUAUCUGCGUCGCCACGAUCUGCAUCACUCCACAAGGAAAAUUCAUUUGAUCUCCACGCCAGCGCUUUGGCGCGAGACUCGCGCGAGCGGCAUUCUGAUCCCACGGUUCCUACGGUUUCUACGAUAUCUUUCCCCUCAUCCUCUUACAGCCAACCGCAGCCAAUAUCAUCAACGACACCUCCUUCAGCCACUUAUGGAUCUCAUUCUCAUGGUCCCGUCGAUCUUCCCUCAAGAAGGCCGUACUGGGAGCCGACACGACUUCCACCGCUUACACAUGAAGACACAACAUUAUCCUCCGAAAGCGGUGGUGGCUAUAGCAGCACCGCAACUUAUCCGCCACCACCUCCUCCAACUGUCGAUGGAUCGAAAUCCAUGCGCAUGCUCCCACAACCAGUGCCAAGCAUUGGAGCUACCCCCUCACCUCUUAACCGGCCACCUCCUGUCUCGUCUGCACAACAGCCUCAAGAUUUCCGAACAUCCUCCCUCGCGGCUCUGCUUAGAGCGAGUGAAUUAGCCAGAGUGGCGGAUGAUGAAGCAGUGGACAAAGAAAGCUCCCCAUGA